GACUACUGCUUUUAAUUUGGUUGGUAAAAAUGUGUGCUGUGUUGCUGUGCAUUGUUGGAACAAAAUUUUUAUAAAAUGGCUGGUUAUCAUGCAAAAAUUAUAUGUAAUUUGUGAUCUACAUUUCGAAAACAAGUUGCUUAUAUUAUUUUUGUAUGCUUAAUCUUUCAGUGCGGGUUUUAUAAAUGUUUUACUUCGUUCAGAUGUCGCCUAGAUGGGUUGUGUAAUGUAGAAUCCGAAUAGGUUUAGACUGGUAGUGAUAAGAACGUCUAAUGUUUUUAGUUUAAAAUCUCAAAUCAAUUCUCUGGAUAUAGCUUUCAAUCAUUUAGAUAUUCCAUUUUUUUUAUUUUACACAAGGUAUGCAGACUAUGGACAAAAUACCAUUGAAAAAUGAGCCUUCGUCUGAAGUUAAUCAUCCAACAAAAUUACAUCAAGCACCGGAAAUAUGUUUUGUUUGUGGCAACAGAAACCAACCGUACAUAUACUAUUUAAACUCCAGGCCCAUACCAGACAAACCUAAAGAACCAUAUUUUCCAUUUUUGGAGUCCCACGAACCUCCAUUAGGGCACAUAUCGAAAAAUGAGUAUUCCGUUCCAGCAUGUUACUUGUGUUAUAAAUUAUUGAUCGAACAAUGGGAUACUCACGAGAUGACCUCAAGACCUCAUUCAGAAAGACUGUAUUGGCUAAAGAGGGCAGACAAUGGACCAUAUACCGGAGCCGAUAUGGGAAUGCAAGGGGAAUAUGCUGCACAGGUUCUAGGUUUAAAUAACGAAGGUAUACCACCACAGGUUCCUCAACAAAGGCCUACUACUACCAUCGUUAAAGAGGAGGGCAAGCUAAAGAUGGGAGGAAAACAAAUACAGACAUCAACAAUAUCCAGAAAUAACAUCGAUACAACAUCAUCGGAAAUCGCUUUGGAUUUGACUCAUUCUAACCCUUUACCGUCGUCGUCAUCGGUGAUUCAAUCGGUGCCUGUUUACGCUCACAGUCAAAAUUCAAAUUCGUCCUCCGGUACGGAUAUUUUGGAUUUGAGCAUGCCCGACAAGAAUUCCAUGACAGAAGUAUGUUAUGUGUGCGGAGACGAAUUUAAGAAAGGCAGUCUCGACUAUGUGGCGUCAAAAAAAGAUUUCGAUUCGCCGCUUAAACCUUUUUUUCCCAGUCUAAUCGAACAUCCGAGACCGAGCAGGAGUCGGCCCAUCGAUUCCGCCGGUAGAGUACAGGCUUGUUUUGAUUGUCAACAACAUCUCCUCAAACAAUGGCAAACAUUUCAGGCUCAAGGUUUACCUCAUGUUGAAAGAAACUACACUUUAAGGAAAAGACAGAGCUCUACUUUAGAUACCACGACGUUUAUAUGUUAUACAUGUUCGUUGGAGUAUCCUUCUAGCAGUAUCCGUCUUUUAUAUUGUUGUCAAAAUUCUGAAAAGGAACCAUAUUUUCCGUUUAUUUUAACCUUGAAAGCGCCACCCGGAGCAAGUCCCAUCAGCCCUCAAGGGAUGGUCCAAGUCUGUUCUAUUUGUUACAAAUCAAUUCCGCAUAAACACCAGGUAUUCGGUGGUGAUCCGGCUGCCAUAACCGGUAACCACGUGUCCGUCAGCGAUAUCAUUUUACAUAACAACAAUACCUCGAGGCCCAGUACUGUAAAAUCGCCAGCAAACAGUGCAGGAUCUGACAUUAGAUAUAAACCGUACGACAUCAGCUCCACAACUACAGUCACCAAUAAGAAAAAACAAGCAGUUUUAGAAAGUCGACAAAAUGCUAAACAGGUAGUUUCAACUCGAACUACGUCUCCUUCGCCGGAUCUAAACGGUCAAUCAGGCAAUCAAAAUUAUCGUUGUUACAUUUGUAUGAGUCUCUAUCCUCGUACCCAGAUGGAAUGGGUCAGUACAUCGGCGGAAGGUAUGAAUUCGCACGCCAUGCAUUUCCCUUGCUUAACUAGAGUAUCGAGAUCGUCGGAAAACAGUUGCAUGGAUUCGCAUGGCAGAGUUUUGAGUUGUACAAAAUGCGUCAAACAUUUAUCCCAACAAUGGGACACUUUCGAAGCCGAUAGAGUACCGCUCGAACGAAGAAGAUACGAUAUUCCCGUACAGGAAACUGCGUCAAACGGAGAUCAAGGUAUUCCGACCCCGCCCAGUACGAAUAGUGAUAGAACAGUUUGUAGUAAUAGCAACCCGGCAAUAUCGGGAAGUAGCAUAUAUUGUUUUUUAUGUGGAUUACAUUCGGAAUUUACAUUAGCAAGAGUUAUAUACGGUAAACCGCAAGGCCGUAAUGCUCCAUAUUUUCCAAUAUUGUUGAGUCACAAAAGUCAUCCGAACGCCGAGCAAUUGAGGGAAGACGGUUCCGCUCUAGUGUGUACUUUCUGUUAUCACAGUUUCGUCAAUCAAUGGAGAAAUUACGAAGCGCAAGGAUCGCCAGCACCGGCGGAUAAACGAGAAUACAACACGCACGAUUAUCGGUGUUACGUAUGCGGUAUUUUUACUUAUAGGAAGAGAGUAAGGGCUCUAUUAAUAAAGGAUUUUCCUUUCUUGAAAUUCCAUCCGCAGCCGGAACAUUCGUUAUUAUUGGAAAAUAGUGAAUACGCUGUCGUGUGUUUGGACUGUUAUGAAACGCUUAGAACUCAGAGUUUGGAAUACGAACGAUGGGGUUUACCUGUAGAUAAACGUCAAUAUAAUUGGAUAACGCAACCUCCACCUCCAGAAGAUAGUCCCGAAGCUAUGGUCGCAAGAUUACCGAGCGGCCAACGGUGCGACAAAGUAGUACCUCCGACGUUUGUAGUUAAACCAAAUAAAAGAAACCAUUCUCCAAAAACGGUAGAAAAGAAAAUGAAAUCUGAAGUAAGACCAGGGGUAGCGAGCAGUCCGAAACUUUCAUCUGCCAAUAGUUCGACGAAACCUCGAACGACGACCGGGCACGCGGUAUCCGGUCCCGGACCGGGUAAUCCGAAUCAGUACUCUCAUUCGUUUGCCGCGGCUUUGCGCAAUUUAGCGCAACAGACCGUACCGAAUAGUACCGCAUCCAUAGACCAGUCCACCUCUGCCGCUUCCGCAGCAACUAAUCAGACCAAUUCUUCCGAAACUCUAAGAAGAAAUUCAGGCGGUGUUCAAUUAUCUGACAAAACGAAGGGAUCCAUGGACGUACCUCCGUUUGCUUCUCCGAGCAGUUCGACGUUACGCAGUUUCGAACCCCGUUUACCGACUAACCACGUCGAUAGGUAUCCAGCCACCUCUAUACCAGAUUUAAAUAGAAGUGGCUUUCAACCAUAUCGACCAGAAGAUAGGUUACCGCAUCCUCCCCUUGGUAUAGAUAUGGCGGGAUAUCCCAUGUAUCCCGGUAUGCCCUUACCUUCUUUAGAAGAACAAAUGUAUUACGAAAGAUUGGGAGUAUUGAGAUCACCUUGGCCUCCGAUAGGUCAUCCCUACAUGCCUGUAUAUGCCCUUCCCGGAGCAGGAAUGCCAAUAUAUAUGCACGAAAGGUUGAAAAUGGAAGAAGAACAUCGCAGAUUGAGCGUACAACAACAAAAGGACGAUUACGUGGAUCGCGAAAUACUCGAGAGAGAUAUGCAGCUACAAAGAGAAAUAGAACAAAGAGAAAAAGAGAGAGUUCAUAGGGAAAGAGAAAAAGCGCAAGCUCGUGUACCUCCGCAUCUUUCAACGCCGCACAUUUCGCCACAAGGACUGAUGAUACCGUUACUUCAUCCUACCUCGAUGCUGCCGCCGCCUUCUUCGCUCGGUAUGUCCGCCGCCGCCACUCGACAAUCUCCUUUGAUAGGUUCGGCUUUCGUAGCUCCGCCGAAUCCUACACAGGGUUAUUCGAUACCUCGUUCGAGUCCUUCUUUACAGAGACAUUCGCCUAUGAGUUCCAAUUAUACGCUUAACCUCAGUCAACGACAAAGCCCCGUGAUACAACCUUCAGGACCUAUGAUCAAUAGUAUGAAUUUAACGUCGGCUGCUCGAAGCAGCACCCCUACGAAGGUAUCUCCGAAGUCGAAUACGCCGACGCCUAAAUCGAAAAGUCCGGCUGCUGUCGGUGAAAUGACGGGACAUGUUAAAGAAGCGACGACAACACCAACCCCCACCUCAUUGGGUAAUAGUAAUAAAAAUUUAGAAGAAAAUACAGAUACGAAAAUGACUGAGACGACGAUUAGGGACGUCGGGGGUAAUGCCUGACCUUCUGCUACUGUCGUACAAAACUACCGGAAUAAUUCAACUUUAGUUAGGAAGUCAACGAUUACGUCUUUGAGAAAACCAGAAUUGAAUAAAAGUACAGAAGAAAAUAAAAAAUUGAUGAAUUUCAGUAUAGAAACUAUCGUCGGAGAGGAAAAUUUAUCGAAAAAACUUCGUCUCGAUAACGAUAAUCUACAAGAUGAUAGAAGUACAAAAAACGAUCGGCUGACGACGAACUAUUUAAAUAAGAAAGACGUAGCGACGACGACGACUAAUGUUGUAAUUGGUAGAAAUGAUUUUCACGAUAAUAAUGAUUCCAAAGUGAAACAUGGUCUCGCUCCAAUCGCCGAUGUGAACAAAGUACCGAAUCACACGUGUAGUCCUCAAUUGCCGAUACCGUCACCUAAUUAUCCGGUACAAUCGAGUACUCUUACUAUUACCGCUGCGGCUGUCGCUCUAGUACCAGAUAGUCACGGCACUUCCUUACCUCAAAACGCUAGUCAAAACAAACUUGAAAUAAUCGAGAAAAACGGCACUGAAUUUACUAAUAAUAAUAAUAAAUUGUCGAUACGUUCUAUUCGACGAGAAAAAAUAAAAGAAUGCACUUUUACAGUACUAAAUAUACCGAACGUAACUAUUACUUAUAAUAAUAAUAAUAAUUCAAAAACCGUUGCAGCUAAACGUCAAAGACUGAGUAAGAUCGAUUUAGCUAUUUUAAAAAGGAACAGAAAGAAGAAAAUCAAGAAAACGAAAAAAAUUAGGAAUAGCGAUAAGAUAACAACCACCGAAUACGGCGUUACCAUUUACGGUUAUUCAGAUUGGUCGGAUGGCGAUAGUUCUUUUUUUAGUUCGGAUAGUGAUGAUGAUAAAGACGUACAAGUCGAUCUUUUAAUUAAGAGUGGUCCCCCCCUUCGCUUGGACGCCAAUUCGGAAAAGAUGAAAUUCUUAAAAACCAUCAAUUUGACUACACACACCAUGAAUAAUUUUUUAGAAUUACGAAAAUUGGAAAGGAGAAAAUGGCUCGAUCCCAGUUUAAUUGAAGAGAUAAAUAAAGAAGAGAUUGCGUCCUUAAAUCUGCCAGUACCUUUGAAAUCAACAUUGACUGUGAAUAUGUUGCAAAAUUACAAAGCUAAAAAGGGUUUCUUUCAAUUGCUCGGCUUGAAAAUGACCACCCGAGAAGACAAACAAGCACUGGAGAAAAAUUGGGCGGAGGUGAUAAAGGAUCGCUUAAAGAGGAAUUGUGAAUCGUCAGUUACGAAAUACGCGGAAAAACUAAAUAAAAAAAUGUCGGGAUCCGCGAAAGAAAAAAUAUUUGACGAUUUAAUAUCGAAAUUGCCUCUGGUACAUCAAUAUAAAACCGAGAAACGAGAAGAGACGAUUCAUUAUAACAACACCCUUACGUUGUCGAAAAUAUUAUCCCAAAAUCAAAAUUCUCCUAAAAAUGAUAAGUUCGAAGGUUCAAAAGAAAAUAUAUGGUUGAAGAAAGAAGAUUGUAAUAGGUUUAAAUGGCCCGGAGUGUUGGAGAUCAUCGAAGCCUAUAAAAGGUAUUCUAAAGAUCGAAGCGUCCAAGCGAAUUAUCUGAAAAAGCGACGAACCUAUGUGACGGAAGAAAACUUAAAAAGACAACGCGAAGUGAAAUUCCUCGAAAGGAGACAGCGAGAAUUACGAUCAAUUUUGUUCAGGAGAGAAAACGAUAAAAAAGAACUACAACGUAACAUCGACCAAUUAAAGAAUUGCAUAAAUUCCUUUCGGUAACAUAUGUUGGGGGAAAACAAAGUCAAAAGAAACGUUUGAAAUUCUCUUUUAUUUUUUCGAUUAAUAAGGAAAAUUUUUCGUUAUUUGCGAAAAAGUUGACCAAAACAAGAAGGUAACAAAAAAUAAUGAACAGUUUCGAUUUUUGUACAAUUUACAUUCUGAUAUAAUUUUUUGUUAGUUAAUUAUGUCUAAUUAUUUGAAUUGUACAAAAUUUGUUGGAAAAAAAAAUCUUUUUUUCACUGUUCAUUCUACUUUGUUGAAAAAUGUGAUACGUUGAUUUAUUCUGUUGUUCAGUAUUUUAAUUAUUGGGUGACAUUUUUUUUUUGUAAAUUUGUUAUUAAGUAGUAGUGAAUGUAUAUUGUAAACUGUAGGAUUUUUUCUGUGUGAUUUUCACAUUUCAUUUUUACAUAAAAAAAUAUAAUUUGCAAUUUAUUUUUGGGUAAAAUAAUUUGGGAUCUUAAAUUUAAACAAUUUUCAUUGUAUAUCAGCGAGAAAAUCUCGUAUUAUCUUAAAUUUUUAUUUAUUUAUACUCCAUUACAUUACACGUGGAUAGUGAAGGAUAAAGUUGUUUAAUUCUCUCACAACUGAUUUUUUUAUUAAAAUGAAUCAAUAAAUAGCCAAAAAGACGUUGAUUAAAUAAUUCAACACACUGUAUUUAACAACGUACAUCAAAAUUAUUGGAUAUUUUUCCGGUUGUUUUGAUUUGAUUUGUACCAAUGGUUCUGAUUUUAAAAUUCUUAGUUGGAAAAUUGACAAAUUAGUUCAAAUUAACCUAUCAAAGUUUUCAAUUAUUGAACAUUUUUGUUUUCAAAUGCAUCGAUUAGUAGAUCUUUGAACAUAUUCUUCUACUAAAUCCUAACAUUGGCGUUACAUUGUUCCUGGUGGAUACUUAUUGAUAUAGUGGAUGUAAAUUUGAACAACUUUAUUCUAUCAGCAUAACUAAUCUUUUUUUCAUUAAUUAUUUAAAAAAUAAGGAGAAUUAUUGACCAAACACUCGAUUGGUUAUUUUUUUGUAUGAUAUGUAAAUAUACGUUUCACAAUUUUACUACAUACUGACAUACGUAUUAAAAAAAGAUUUUACGUACUAUUUUUAUGUGUACAUAUUUAUUUUAUACAUAUAUGAUAUAAAUAGUGUAAAAAAAUGCUGCGAAUGCUAUAAUAAGGAUAGAAUUAUUGUAGUUUUGUUCCCGAAGAUAACAGAAAUAUUGUUCCUAUCGAAACUAAUUGGGAAUUUAAGUUUUUCGUUUCAAUUAUUUAAUUUAAACAAUUCGUUUGGAAAGCGCAAAUUCCUUUUACGUGCGGUAAGACUUCUCUACAAAGAGAUUGUUUGUUAUAAUUCUAUCUACAUAAAGAUUUGUUGUUAAUAACCGGUUACGAACCUAGUCUUUACCUCAAAACCAAAGUUUUUAUUUUAAAUGACAAGUUUACAUAAAAAACGUCAAUAUACAUUUUCUUAUUAUCCUUAAUAUAGCAUAUAUUAACUUUUAAAUGUAAAUUAUUACCUUGGCUGUCAAAUAGCAUAUACAUACUUACUGUUUUCCUUUUUUUUUGUUACCUUAUUUUAUAGGAUGUUUAAAUUAUUUUGUUGCGUAUUAUCGACCACCGGAAUAAUAUUCAAACUCACAAACUGUUCUUGUAGCUCUUGUAACGCUUUAGUAAAAAAAAAUCAUUUCAAGGUUUCGUAUCUUUGCCAAUACAGAAUUUUUGUGAAACCGUGCAAUUUUCAUACCUCCCUGAUCGCUCAACAAUUAGAUUAGUUAUUCUGUCCAUUAAGAAAUAAUUUUAAAUUGAAAAAAAGACAACAAUAUUUUUUGAUAUCCUCCACCCCAAGGCUCUUUUUAAUAACAAAGUUAUCAUCUUUGGAGACCCAUAAACACGGUUCACCUCUGAAGAUGAUAAUUUGGUUAACGAAACGCCCGUGGUAAAUAGAGUGAAUGUGUUCAAUUUGAAAUAUCGAUUGUAAUUGUUGUACCACGGAUGGAAAAUCGUUCAUUUUUUUCUUUUCUAUAUAGGGAAAAAUGAAAAUUUGUACGUAUAACUUUAACGUUAGGUGGUACUUAUAUUUAUUAUUUUUGUUUUCUGUAUAAACGAUUUGGAGAGACGAAACUUACAAUGCAAUGUGUUUAAUGGAAAAAGUCGAAUUUAACGUUUCAAAAGCUGUUUAUUAUAUUAUUUUACGGGUGUUUUAGUUAAGCGCAAGUGAAAGUGGUGUUCACUUAUUCUGUGAUAAUGAAGUAAUUUUAACAUAAACACUGUUUCUAGCAUGACAAACUGAAUAAAAUAAAAAAACAUACUUAAAGUAAA